AGCGCAGACGCCCUCCAAGUGUGACUUCCUCCAUUAAGUUAGAAAGAACAGCAGCAGGUAAAUGAAGUACACAUUUCAGUCAGAUGAGUGCAUGGUCAUCACUAUACCUCUGGGCAGUCUCAGAGAUGCUCAGGAGGGCCAGCUGAUGCCUGAGAAGUUCCACUGUGUCUUCAAAGAUGUCUACAAGGUCUUCCUCAAGGGUCAGCCUAAAGCUCUGGGGGCAGUUCAGCUCAUUGCUGGAGUCCUUGUCUUGAUUCUGGGGCUACUGCUUGUCCCGCACAGACCAUUAGUUCUGAUCUACACCAUGCCCAGUGUCCUGUUUGUUGCUGUCGGAAUACUGACCUAUGCUGCAGGUCAUUCUCCAAAUAUGUGUGUGGCCAAACUGUCAUUUUCCUUGAACAUCGUCAGCUGUUUCUGGACAUUAGCUGCUGUUGCUCUCUGCACUGCUGAUGUUCUCUCUUUUGGUUUCCACGGGGACCAUCAAGAGGUAAUUUCUGGAAUCAAAUGGAUGAUUGUAGUUCUCCUGGUCAUUGAACUGGUCGUUGCCAUGGUGGUGAUCUACUGGGAGAGUAAAGCAGUGUGCAGACAGCACUUCAACAUUCUGCCCAUGGUCACCCUGAAGCAGGACGUAUGAACAAACAAUUAAGUGAAAUCAUUACUAAACUUGUAUGACAUUUUUUUUUACUUGUGCCAAUGUGGAUACAGAUAGUCUUCACUUUGUGUUUGUUAUUAUAAUGUUGUGAUUACCUAUGAUGUAAUAGUCAUUACCUAUGAUGUAGUAGUCAUUACCUAUGAUGUAGUAGUCAUUACCUAUGAUGUAAUAGUCAUUACCUAUGAUGUAAUAGUCAUUACCUAUGAUGUAGUAGUCAUUACCUAUGAUUUAGUAGUCAUUACCUAUGAUGUAGUAUUGAUUACUUAUUAUGUAGUCAUUACCUAUGAUGUAGUAUUGAUUACUUAUUAUGUAGUGUGUAUAUUCGUAUUUUGUGUAUUUCUAACCAUUGCAAAAUAGUGAUAUAUUGGCACUGUCUCAAAAGUGUAAAUAAGGAAAUUAAAUACAGAAUAUAAUUUAGAAAUAUGGGUUCUAUUAAGUUUUCACGAUACAUAUAUCCUCUGAGAAAUAGUAAGAACGUUGCAUACCAUUUGUUGUAGCAGUUUUGUCAAAGAGAAAAGCUACUAUCAUGACAGAUGUUCUACUUACAAUGUAAAGACCGACUCCGGAUAGGAGAAGCAGGUACCGGGAGUCAGACAUUUAUUAGGGAACAGACAAGGAAACAAGACAGCAACAGCGUCAGAACACGGGUAACACUGACAUGAGACAAUUAAUCCCGAAGCAGGGAACAGACAGAUAUAGGGAAGGUAAUGACACAAGUGACACAAUGAUCGGCUAUGAAAAGCCA